AAUUCACGGUCAGGGUGGAGGAAGAUAACAUUUCCGUUUCCUGCCUUGGCAAAUAUUUACAGACUACUAGAGGGAAAAAAUAAUAAUAAUAAUAAUAAAAAUGAGGUGAGAGUGGAAGACUGUAACGGAAAGAGAGAAUACUUGCAAAGAGGAAAAAGAGAGAGAACAGACAGAAGGAUUUAGACGGGUCUGAUAAAAAAAAAGGGGACCGCAAACAAUUUCUUUAGUUAGUAUAUUUACAUCAAACGAGGCAGAAGGGAGACAAUAAAUUAAAUUUUAAAAAAUGUCUGAAAGAGGAGGGCUGCAGCGGACCGGAGGGGCUCCGUCCCCGCAUCUCCAGCCUUUCAAAUCGGUCGCUAUCGCCUCCAACCGCCCGGUCCACAUGAACCUGUACGCGACGUGGGAGGUGGACAGGUCGUCUCCCAGCUGUGUGCCCAGGCUGUUCAGUCUCACUUUGAAGAAGCUUGUCAUUCUGAAGGAGCUGGAUAAGGACCUCAAUUCUGUCGUGAUCGCAGUCAAACUGCAGGGUUCGAAAAGGAUCCUUCGCUCCAACGAGAUCCUCCUCUCUGUGGCCGGCCUCACGGAGACAGACCUGCAGCUUACCUUCUCCUUGCAGUACCCCCAUUUCCUGAAGCGCGACGCCAACAAGCUGCAGAUCAUGCUUCAACGCAGGAAGAGGUACAAGAACCGAACCAUCCUGGGCUACAAGACCCUGGCUGUGGGGCUCAUCAACAUGGCAGAGGUGAUGCAGCACCCCAGCGAGGGAGCCCAGGUCCUUGGUCUCCAUAGCAACGUGAAGGACGCAGCCGUCCCAGUGGCCGAAAUCCGCAUCUACUCCCUGUCCAGCCAACCGAUCGACCACGAGGGCCCCAAAGUCAAGAUGUCAGCAGAUCGCUCUCCGGACAUCGAUAACUAUUCUGAGGAGGAGGAGGAGAGCUACUCUUCAGAGCAGGAGGGGAGCGAUGACCCCUUGCACGGACAGGAUCUGUUCGACGAGGACGACGAGGUUCGGAAAGUGAAGAAAUCUCGCAGGAAGCUCACCUCUACCGCCUCCAGCACCCGCGUCAACCAGCCCAACAUCAAGCAGAAGUUUGUCGCCCUGCUGAAAAGAUUCAAGGUGUCGGAUGAAGUGGGGUUCGGACUGGAGCACGUGUCCCGGGAGCAGAUCCAGGAGGUGGAGGAGGAUCUGGACGAGCUGUACGACAGUCUGGAGAUGUACAACCCCAGCGACAGCGGUCCGGAGAUGGAGGAGACAGAGAGCCUCCUCAGCACGCCCAAACCCAAACUCAAGCCGUUCUUUGAAGGCAUGUCCCAGUCCAGCUCGCAGACCGAGAUCGGGAGCCUGAACAGCAAGGGGAGCCUCGGCAAGGACACCACCAGCCCGGGAGACCCUGCCUCCUCUGAGAAGGUAAAGCAUUCCUGGAGCUGGAACCUGGAUGAGCCGAUCCCCGAGACAGACCCCCUGGAGCCGAGCGAUCCGGACCUUUUUGGGGAGCUGAGCACCUCCAUCGUCGUGCCCGAAAAACUGAGAACGCCCCUGAAGAGCAGCAAGCCCGAGCCUCAGAGCUCCCCCUCCCCCAGGCUGGAAGGGGGCCACACCCCUCGGCAGAAGCGGGGCGUCCCUCUGAGAGAGAGGCAGCUGUCCAAGCCGCUGAGCGAGAGGACGAACAGCACUGACAGCGAGCGAUCCCCGGACCUGGGUCACUCCACCCAGGUCCCUCGCAAAGUGGUUUACGACCAGCUGAACCAAAUCCUAGUGUCAGACGCAGCGCUGCCAGAGAAUAUCAUUCUGGUAAACACCACAGAGUGGCAGGGACAGUACGUGGCGGAGCUGCUGCAGUGUCGGAGGAUGUCCGUUGUUUGCACGUCCACCAGCGUGGAGAUUCAGACCGUGCUCAGUGCAGUGCUCUCCCGGAUUCAGAAAUUCUGUAACUGUAACUCGUCGAUGCCGCGGCCGGUGAAGGUGGCAGCGAUCGGCACGCAGAGUUAUCUGGGCUCCAUCCUUCGCUUCUUCGUCACCCAACUCGCCAACAAGACCUCGGACUGGCUCAACCACAUGAGGUUCCUGCUGAUCCCGCUGGGAUCUCACCCGGUAGCGAAGUACCUGGGUUCGGUAGACAGCCGAUACAACGCAGCUUUCCUUGACCAGUCCUGGAGGGACCUGUUCAGCCGGGCAGAACCUCCCUCGACAGACCCCUUUGAUGUCGUGGGUCGGAUCUCGCAGUACAUUGCUGGAGCCAGCAUAACUCACCAGCUGCCCAUAGCAGAAGCCAUGCUGACCUGCAAACACAGAAUGCAUGACGAAGACUCCUAUCAGAAGUUCAUCCCGUUCAUUGGGGUUGUCAAGGUGGGUCUGAUUGAGUCGUGUCCAGCCAGCUCCGGAGACGGUGAUGAGGGCGUGGCUUUGAGCCUGGCUGUCCCCUCCACGUCCCCGCCCCCUCACGGAGCUGCCGUCGGAUUGGCUAAGGAGACCGCUGCGACCCCGCCCUCUUCGCCUUCUAUGACCAGCGGGCUGGCAGUGAUGGGGAGCCCCGCCGCGUCCCACGCCGCAGACACCAUCGGCCUGCAGGUGGAUUACUGGCUGGCCACCGGAGGCGAGAAGAAGAAAGAGGGAGAGAGGAGGGACACGGGUUCGAAAAACACCCUGAAAAGCAGCUUCCGCUCCGUGCAGGUCAGCCGGCUGCCAGGGGGCGCUGUGGGGGAGAGCCAGUCCGCCCUCAACACCAUGGCCAUGACCGUCGUCACCAAGGAGAAGAACAAGAAGGUGCCUACGAUCUUCCUGGGGAAGAAGCCCAAAGAGAAGGAGCUGGACUCAAGGAGCCAGGUGAUCGAGGGCAUCAGCCGGCUCAUCUGCUCUGCCAAGCAGCAGCAAACCAUCCUGAAGGUGUCGAUAGACGGAGUGGAGUGGAGUGACGUCAAGUUUUUUCAACUCGCCGCUCAGUGGCCGACUCACGUCAAGUACUUACCAGUCGGACUCUUUGGCUACAAUAAACCUGCCGGCUAAGACACGCCCCUGACCCGCCUCUGCCUGACAGCCAUUGGCCAGCUGCAGCACAAGCCACUCCCACUGAGAACCCACCAGGGGGUGGGGGUGGGAACUGAACCAGCCAAUCACAUGCUGGGUUUCUCUUCCAAUCCCAGCUGUCUUCUUGUCUUUUUGUUUUUGUUUUGCUGUGAAACGCAGUUGUCCAGUGCGCCCGGAACCUGUUGUCACGGCGACGGCAGUACUUUAACAUUUGAUUGGUUGAAAGGCACGCCGGUCACAUUUUCAGCACUUCACUGAUUGGUCAGCACGGAAACGACUGCACUUAAAAUAUUUUUUUUUUUUUUUUAAAAAAGACGUGCUGAAGAGAUGUGGAGGUUUAAAAAGAAUUUUUUUUUUCAACGUUUUUAUGCUUGUUUUUUUGUCAGUUUCGUGGCUCGUUCCUGUGCCUCAGGCGUUGUGCAUGUACAGAUAUGUGUAUAGGGGGUGUUUGUGUGCCAUCAAACUGAACAAUUUCGGUGUUGUGUGUUUUUUUUUUUUUGUUUGUUUUUUUUAAACCAAAGCAACAGGUAGGUAUUUGAAAGACAAGAUCCUACAUCCAAUAAUAACCAAUUUUAGAUGUUUAAAACUGGAUAAGUCAUCAGUCGUGAAUUAUACAGCUCAACGAAUGCGUCGUUCUGUAAACGGGACGGAGCUGUGUGCAGAAAUCAGGGCGAGGGGUCCCUGGUGUGGAUCGGGGGGCUGAUUCCCCGUUCAGAGUGAAUUCAGAAACAGCUGCUCGGGUUCGUGUGGGUCGCUGUUCUCCGCAGAGUCUUUAAGAAAAGCAGCGAUCGUCACAAACCCGAGCAGCUGUUUCUGAAUUCACUCUGAACGGGGAAUCAGCCCUCCCCUGAUCCACACAAAUUUACAGUAUAAUCUUAGAGACUGUGGGGGUCAGAUGAGGCUCCUGAACACCGCCAUUGAAUCCGACCCCUUUCCUGUCGGAUCAACAGAAACUUCCAUAACCAGUGAGAGGACCCCUGUCCUUCUUUUAAAGGUCUGGUCUGUUACCUUUUCUCCUGUUCUAAGCCUCAGAGUGAUUUCAGAACUGAGCACCUCUGCCUGGCCAGGCUUAAAAAUCUCAAGCCUGUGCGAUCCCCUUGACCCAAGCUGAUGAAGAGCCUUUUUAUACGAGCAAUCAUCGAGGAGUCUUUGAAAUGCUCCACUAGUGCAAAAAAACAGAGUGACACUCCAUUGCCAUAAUCUAGUAAUAAUGCAUCCAUUAACUGUCUGUGCUGUCCUAACUGGACCGGUCUUAAGAAGUGUUUGCACCAUGUAAGGUGUUGUGUGUGUGUGUGUGUGUGUGUGCGUGCACGAGGGCUGUAUCUCGCUAAUUGUUAAGAAAUGCAAUUUCACAAAAGUGUUAUGAAGCACAAUAACCACUAGAGGGACCCCUUCCUGACAUUUGUGUCAAAUGAAAAGCUUUUAAAAGUUUGCUGUUGAUUUGUAUGUGUGUAAAAAAACAAAGUGAAUGUGUAUUGUAUUGGGUAAGAUCAUCAUCUUCUACUUUCCUUUUUUUUCUGUUUAAUUCUGAUGAUCCUGAGCCCUGUAUUGCUAUUUUUUUAAAUGCGUUUUCUGAUCCUGUCUUGAAUGUUGUAUUGCUGCUUCAGUAUUGUCAUAGUUACCUGUUCUUCCUGUGGUUUUAAACGCCAGAGUGCCACCAUUAAACCCGUCCCCACAGCAACACUGUGCUUCCAGUGAACGCACUGGAACACAAGGUAUCUGUUGCAGUGGGGACAGGUAUAUGGUUACACUCUGGUGUACCAGCAGUAUAUAUAUAUAUUUUUGUCAGUGAUUCAGUGCCAUUUUUGUGUUUUUUAAACCUGGUGCUUCAGCUGUCUUGCAUAUUGUAAAACACAUUGUCAGAAAUGUACCAAAAUUUCCCCCCCCCCCCACCCUUAUUCUAUAAAAAGGUAACUGCUACCUCUGAAAUAUAAACCAGUACAUUCCCCACCCCCACCCCCCCUUGUGGAACUUUUGGGUUACUACAGUUAAGGUUUUCAGUGUCUGAUAAUGUCAAGUGCAGCCAACAGAUCAGUUUGAGUUCCUGCUUCCUGGUCGCUUGACCAUGAGCAGCACCAGAAGUGAUUGAGUACCAGGAAGAACUGUGUAAUCUUGCAAAUAUUGGCAUAACCUUAGAGUAUUAACAGGGAUUGGGAAUCAGACUCCUGCUGCACAGCAGUGUGAUCCAGUCCUGGUUUCACUAGGAGUUUAAUAAUCAGACACACCUGAGCUUGUUGCCUAGACACACUGGGGGCUGAUCAAGCUGGUAGCAGUAAAACCUGGACUGGAUCACGCUGCUGUGCAAUAGGAGUCUGAUUCCCAGCCCUGAUCCGCUGUGCAAUAGGGGUCUUGUUAUUUUCAGCCCUGGUAUUAAACAAAGGAACGGAGUGAUCUGCACAAAAAAAAGGAAGUUGUGAAAAAAAAAACAAUGAUCUGGAUGUAAAUAAAAAAUGGGUCAAGUCAUCAUUGCAGCGAUAGAUAGAUAUAUAGAUAUAUGUUUAUUUUUAAUGAUACGAGGCAUUCCACAACCCUCCCCCCCUCCCCUCCCUCAACAUGCCCAAGACUCUCUUCCAUUUUCCAUUGGUGGGGUCUAGAAAAGGGGGGGUUCUUUGUAUUGGGAUCAGUGUUGCAAUAAAAAAGAAAAAAAUGCGGCACUGCCUUUCAAAACAAGCCCGGGGGGGGGGGGGGGGGGUAUGCAAAUUCCUUUUUUUUUAUUUAAGUAGUUCUUAAAAGUGGGGAUUGGAGGAUUCUAGAAUUCUAAUGACGUGCAUAUGCGUUGACAGCAGUCAGUCACGCAACCCGCGACUCUCAAACAAGUGAAGCGACUUCAAGCCACGCUUUUACGUUUCAUUAUAAGCGGACUUGGCGAUUGAGAUACGUGCAGGAAACUGCGUUUUGUGUUGUGUUUUUUGGGUUUUUUUUUAAAGACUGGUCCAAACACACUGGUUUGUGUCCUUGGAGCCCGUAUUGUAAAACAUACAGUCUGUAAGCUUUAAUGUUAAAUAAAACUAAAUAAGCAAUUUUAAAUAAAAAUAACAUAUGCUUUUUCUGGGUAACGCUGCGUGGUAUUUUGCACAUUUGACUUUUUUUGUUGUUUGUAUGUUCUUUUUGAUGUGUGUGUGUUGUUAUUAAAUCCUGUUGCAAUAAGUCAUGUUCGUGUAAUAUAAUAAUAUGAUCGCCUUGUAUCUUUACGACUUCAUAAAGCGAGGCGCCGAAUCGCUCUGAUCGGUUUACAGUGUAGAAUGUGUACUCCGAUAGUGUUAUUACUGUUAUUGAUAUUGUAAUAAUCGGACCAUCGUCCCUUUUUCAGUGUUUUCUUUUUUUAAAUAAAUAAAGUCUGGAUUUGUA